GACCGCCUCCCUCGGUCUCGGGCCUGGAACUGGAGGUGGGUGUCAAGCUGAAAAAAUUUCAUUUCUUUUUUCAUUUUUUUAGAUUUUAACCCACUGAGACAGAUUGUCAUAAGAGGAACAUAGGAACAACUACAAGAGUGGAGAAAAGUGCGCAAAAGACGAAGAGAAAGCAUAGAACUGGGAUUGAACGCAGCGGGGCAUGUGGAUACUUGCAUUUCUGUUUUUGCAGAGCAUCUCAAAUGUUGUUGGUGAAGACCUACAUUCCAGCUUAUAUUUUGUCAAUGCAUCUCUGCAAGAGGUAGUGUUCUCCAGCACUACAGGGGCGCUGGUGCCAUGUCCGGCAGCGGGCGUGCCCCCCGCUACGCUGCGCUGGUACCUGGCCACCGGGGAGGAGAUCUAUGAUGUGCCAGGAAUACGGCAUGUGCACCCGAAUGGCACGCUGCAAAUCUACGGCUUCCUACCCUCUAGCUUUAGUAACCUAAUCAAUGACAAUACCUACUAUUGCACAGCAGAGAAUCCGUCAGGGAAGAUCAGAAGCCAAGACUUACACAUCAAGGCUGUAUUUCGGGAACCAUACACUGUCCGUGUGGCAGACCAAAGAGUAAUGAGAGGCAAUACUGCAGUCUUCAAGUGCAUUAUCCCAGCCUCAGUAGAGGAGUACGUCACUGUUGUAUCAUGGGAGAAAGACACUGUCUCACUAGUCUCAGGAUCAAGAUAUUACGUCACAUCCACAGGGGCCUUGUAUAUUUUGGAUGUGCAGUCCGAGGAUGCAGUAAACAUCUACCGUUGCACCACACGGCAUCGCUACACGGGGGAGACCAGACAGAGCAACAGCGCUCGAUUACUUUUAUCAGAGCCUGUGGACUCAGCUCCCGUAACUCUGGAUGGCUUCGAGAGGAAGGAGGGCAUGCUGGGCAAUCGGGUCGAGCUACCCUGUAAGGCAUCUGGUCAUCCUCCACCCCGUUACCGCUGGCUGAAGGACAACAGCCCUCUGGAGGUAGACAGCCGCUAUCAUCAGAGCGUCUCUGGCCUGCUGAUCGAAGCCACCCGGCCUAGCGAUGGAGGCAACUACGUGUGUGAAGUUUGGAACAGCUUUGGCAAUGCUAAAGUGAUAGGACGGUUGGUCGUCAAACAGCCACUGAAAGCAGCGAUAAGCCCUCGGAAGGUGAAAGGCAGCGUGGGAAGUCAGGUGUCUCUCUUCUGCAGUGUAACUGGCUCAGACGAAUACAGAAUCACCUGGUACAGAAACGGCGAGAAAAUCCUGCCUGGGUACAGUGUCCGCAUUACUGGUCCUAACCACGAGAACCUGGUGAUGGAGGGCAUGGCCAAGAGUGACGGAGGUGCCUAUCAGUGUUUCGCUCACAGUGGCAAGAUUUCCACCCAGGACUUUGUGCAGGUCAUUUUGGAGGACGGCACCCCGAAGAUCCUGUCGGCCUUCAGCGAGAAGGUGGUGAGCCCCAACGAGCCCAUCUCCCUCGUGUGUCACGUCAAAGGCACCCCACUGCCCACCGUGACCUGGACCCUGGACGACGAGCCGGUCAUCAAAGACAGCCAUCACCGCAUGGAUCGCUACGUCACGGUCGAGGGCCACGUUCUCAGCUACCUAAACGUCUCGCACACGCAAGUCACCGACGGCGGCGUCUACCGCUGUACCUGUAACAACUCGGCGGGAUCGGUCUCCUACCAGGCGCGAAUAAACGUAAGAGGUCCUGCCAGCAUUCGCCCAAUGAAAAACCUCACUGCCAUCGCCGGGCGAGAUAUGUUCAUUCACUGCCGCAUCAUCGGUUAUCCUUACUACUCCAUUAAGUGGUAUAAAGACUCAGAUCUGCUCCCGUUCAACCAUCGGCAGCGCGCCUUCGAGAACAACGGCACACUGAAGCUGUCCAACGUGCAGAACGUGGACGAGGGAGAAUACACCUGCUACGUUCUGGUGGAUCCUGAGAAACAGAUUCAUAGGAGCGUUCAUGUCACUGUAAAAGUGCCGCCUUUGAUCCAGCACUCGGACUCCCAGAGCGCCUCCAUAGGUCAGCGCGUCUUCAUACCCUGCGUGGUGACCUCCGGUGACCUGCCCAUGUCCAUCACCUGGCACAAGGACGGCAAGCCGAUCAACGCCAGCUUGGGAGUCACCGUCGAUAACAUCGACUUCACGAGCUCGCUGCGCAUCACCAAUCUGUCCGAGAUUCACAACGGCAGCUACACCUGCAUCGCUCGGAAUGAGGCGGCUGCCGUGGAGCACAGCAUCCAGCUCAUCGUCAAAGUUCCACCACAUUUUGAGGUGCAGCCUCGAGAUCAAGAUGGAAUCUAUGGAAAAUCUGUGAUUCUGAACUGCUCGGCUAAAGGAAACCCAAUUCCUACCAUUGUGUGGAAGCAUUCGAAAGGUGCAGGAGUCCCACAAUUCCAGCCCAUUGUGCUAAACUCCAACUCACGCAUUCAGCUGCUGGAAAAAGGCUCUUUGCUAAUUAAACAUGUGCUGGAGGAGGACAGUGGCUACUAUUUGUGCAAGGUCAGCAAUGCUGUGGGCGCUGACAUCAGCAAGAGCAUGUAUCUCACCGUAAAAAUCCCUGCCAUGAUCACAUCCUACCCCAACACUACUCGUGCCCAACAAGGUCACGAGACCGAGAUGAGCUGCACAGCCCACGGUGAGAAGCCUAUCAAGGUGCGCUGGGAGAAGGAAUCGCACAUCAUUAACCCCGACAUCAACCGCUACGUGGUCAGCGUCAAGGAAGUAGCCGAUGAGGUCAUUUCAACCUUACAAAUCCUGCGCACGAUCAGAGAGGAUUCUGGGUUUUAUUCCUGCAUUGCUAUUAACUCGUAUGGUGAAGAUAAAGGAAUAAUUCAGUUAAUAGUACAAGAUAAGCCAGAUCCUCCCGAGGUCGAAAUCAGAGAAGUGAAAGACCGGACCAUUGCUCUUCGCUGGACUAUAGGAUUUGAUGGGAACAGUCCUAUUACAGGGUAUGACAUCAACUACAAGAACAAAUCAGCCUCGUGGAUGAUGUCCCAAACGACCAAAGACGUCUCACCCCAGCUAAACCAGGCAACAAUCAUCGAGCUCCAUCCGGCCUCCACGUACAACAUCCGCAUGUUAGCCAAGAACUUGAUUGGCGAGAGCAGACCCAGCAACGAACUCACCAUCACCACAGAUGAAGCCCCCCCUGAUGGUGCACCCCAGGAUGUUGAGCUUGAGGCAAUAUCAUCCCAGACCAUUAAAGUCAGCUGGAAACCCCCCCACAAACACCUUCAAAAUGGCUUGAUCCGAAGCUAUCAGGUGUGCUAUAGAGAGUAUGGCACCGGGGGAAGCACUCAGUACAAUACCUUCAACCUGGACGCAACAGGCAACAGUGAGAUUAUUACUCUGGACAACCUGAAGAAGUUCACGCAGUACGAGGUACGUGUGCAGGCAGCAAACCGUGCCGGGAUGGGGCCAACAUCUGACGAAGCGAUCAUCACGACUCUAGAAGAUGUUCCAAGCCGGCCUCCUGAAAACGUUGUGACCACAGCCACAACCCCAGAGACCAUCUCUUUGUCCUGGGCAUCUCUACCCAAAGAAGCACUAAACGGCAUGCUGCUGGGAUAUCGAGUCAUUUACUGGGCCAAUUUACCUGACGGGGAGCUGGGUGAGAUUAAAAACAUUACCACCACAAGACCAUUUUUAGAGCUGGAAGGACUGGAGAAAUAUACCAACUAUAGCAUUCAAGUGCUGGCCUUCACCCGGGCAGGGGAUGGUGCCCGGAGCGAGCAAAUAUACACACGUACCAAGGAGGAUGUUCCAGGACCUCCAGCUGGUGUAAAAGCCUCUGCUGCCUCCACCUCAAUAGUGUUCGUCUCCUGGCUUCCCCCACUCAAGCUCAACGGAAUCAUCCGAAAGUAUACCGUCUUCUGCUCCAACCCGUACCCCACGGUCAUCAGUGAGUUUGAAGCGGCUCCUGAUGUGUAUUUCCGUCGCGUGACCAACCUCAACCAGAACUGGCAGUAUAGUAUUUGGGUGGUGGCAGCGACCGCAGCGGGUCGUGGGAACGCCAGUGAGAUCAUCACUGUAGAACCUCAAUCUAAAGCUCCUGCUCGUAUUUUAACCUUCAGCGGGACCGUCACUACACCGUGGAUGAGGGACAUUGUGUUACCAUGUAGGGCUGUUGGAGACCCUCCUCCAACCAUCAAGUGGUUGAAGGGAAACCACGGGGCACCUGCUACAGUGUCUGUUGAUGGUCGCCGCAGCAUCCAGAACAACGGCAGCUUUGUGAUUCGGACCGUUAAAGCUGAGGAUUCUGGGUUCUACAGCUGCAUUGCCAGUAACAACUGGGGUUCAGAUAAUAUCAUGCUAAAUCUACAGGUUCAAGUACCUCCAGACCAGCCACGCCUCACAGUGACUAAAACAACCACAACAUCCAUCACUCUCUCGUGGAUUCCUGGAGACAAUGGAGGAAGCUCAAUUAGAGGGUACAUUUUGCAAUACUCUGAGGACAACAGCGAGGAAUGGGGCAGCUUUCCCAUCAGCCCCAGCGAGCGCUCAUACCGUCUGGAGAAUAUGAAGUGUGGUACCUGGUACAAGUUCACACUGACCGCCCAAAAUGCAGUCGGCCCAGGGCGCAUCAGCGAGAUCAUAGAGGCCAAAACCCACGGCAAAGAGCCUCAGUUUGCCAAAGACCACGAGCUUUUCUCCAGCAUCAACUCCACCCGCGUGGAACUCAAUCUGAUCGGCUGGAACAACGGCGGCUGUCCGAUCCAAUCUUUCACGCUGGAGUACCGACCCGUGGACACCACACCGUGGACCACCGUGCAGCGCGCAACUCUCACCAAGAGCCACGUGCUUUACGAGCUGCAGGAGGGCACCUGGUACGAGCUGCAGAUGAGGGUGGGCAACAGUGCGGGCACGACCGAGAAGAGGGAGCUGUUCGCGACGCUGAACGCGGACGGCAGCACCAUCGCUCCGCUAAUGAAGAUCAUGGAUCCAAGCCAGAAGAACAUGCAGGUCAACAAGGGCCUUAAGAUGAUGGUGACAAUCAUUAGCAUCCUGGUGGCAGUUGCCAUGGUUUUCACUGUGCUACUGGUUAUGAGGAGGAGAAGGAGGGAACAGAGGCUUAAAAGAUUGCGCGAUGCCAAAAGCUUAGCAGAGAUGCUCAUGAGUAAGAACACACGUACUCCAGAUGCUGUAAACAAGCAACAGCAGACCCUCCGAAUGCACAUCGACAUCCCACGGGCCCAGCUGCUCAUCGAAGAAAGGGACACACUGGAGACUAUAGAUGACCGGUCCACAGUGCUCUUGACGGAUAAUGAUUUCGGAGAGGCGUCUAAGCAGAAGGCCUCUACAGCUACACACACAGUUCACUACCAGUCUCUGUCCCAGACAACCGGUCCACUGGUGGAUGUCUCAGAUGCCCGACCUGGUACAAAUCCCACUGCCCGCCGUACGGCUAAAGCAGGUCCUGCGACACGCAGCCACUAUUCCGGCCAAUGGACUUUAAACAGACCUCAUCAGCCCAUGUCCUCUCACACCCUUACCACCGACUGGAGGCUCCCCACCCCACGUGCCGCAGGCUCUGUGGACAAAGAAAGUGACAGCUAUAGUGUCAGUCCUUCUCAGGACACAGACCGAGCCCGGAGCAGCAUGGUAUCCACAGAGAGCGCUUCCUCUACGUACGAGGAACUAGCCCGUGCUUACGAGCAUGCCAAGAUGGAAGAGCAGCUGCGCCACGCCAAGUUCACCAUCACCGAGUGCUUCAUCUCCGACACGUCCUCCGAACAAAUGACGGCCGGGACCAAUGACUAUACAGAUAGCAUGACGUCCAGCACACCGUCCGAAUCAGGCAUCUGCCACUUCACAGCCUCCCCACCCAAACCGCAGGAUGCCAGCCAGGUUAUAAAUAUGGCUGUUCCCAAAGCACACAGACCCGGUGGUGAACUGGUCCACCUACCCCCUUAUCUGCGGAUGGACUUCCUGCUCAACAGGGGAGCACCUCAAACAGGCCGGGAAGCCACGGGACAGACGUGCCUGGAGCCGCAGAGAAGUCGCGCGGCCAAGCGGCCAGCCGCGCUGCCCCCCACACCCUCAGAGACUCCUUCCACCGCGCCCGCCUCCUCCGGCCCGCCGAGCAGGGAAGUGGUGCAGCAGUGGCAGACGGGUUCGUCCGCCACGCUCCCUCACCGCGAACCGGGCGACCUGGCCCAGGCCGCCAAACUCAGCGGUUCACAGGAAUCUCUAUUAGACUCUAGAGGACACCUGAAACAGAGCAACCCGUACACAAAGUCUUAUACGCUGGUAUAACAGAGGACCAUGGACCUGGCAUAAACGUGUGUACACACACACAUACACACAUUUACACACAAGCACACGAAUACGAAAACAAUGUUAACUGACUGCUUUGCUGUUAACAGGAGGACUUGAGGAUUCUAAAAGACAAAAUUGAUGUUCGUUCCAUCCGAUUAUUCUCUCCAAUGUAUCACUCGAUCAGUUUCUUUAUUUUAUUAUUAUUAUUUUAUACGCUCAGCUUUACUUCAACCUGGAUUCUUAUAUCCCAC